AUGCCGGCGCGAAGAAGCCGAGCGCCAGCGGCGUGUCUUUUCUGUCGCUCGAAGAAGGUAAUUACGCAUGUAGGUGUAUCCGUGCUAUAUAAUUUGACUAACCAUCAAAAUUUGGGACAACAGUUGAAAUGUGACGCACAGAAACCAAGUUGUGGCAAUUGUCUGGCAAAAGGUGUAGAUUGCCAGCAAAGCGCUGCCAGGCAUAAACCAAGGCCAACAAAUCAGCGCAUCAAACAACUAGAACAAGAAAACGCCAUCCUCCGUCAGCAAUGUACCCAGCGAACUACAGACAUUGGAGUCCUUGAGCGACCUGCUUUGAUUCCAACAGAAGCUUCUUUGGCAGCGCUCAGUCCAGCACGGAGCAGAGUCACAGGAUCAAUACCCCACCAUGCUGAGCCUUCGCCGAGCGAUAAUCACUCAAACAGAGGCCGAGAUACGUCUCAUCCAGAGGUACCAGAUAGCGAAAACCAUCGCCAUAGCACUUCAUUAUACCACGGACCGACCAGCACAGUCUAUGACGAUACAGCACAUUCCGGAGCCGACGAAGAAGAUUCAGAGGUUUUUGAUUCACCCGUUAGUGAAGAGUGGGCUCGACACUUGCUCUUUGCGCAAACGGCAAGGCAGAGACAACUGGAACCAUUGAACCUAGCAGCAGGGAAGCUCGAUUUUGAUGGACUCGAUCCAGACAUUGGCAUGCAUCUACUGUCGAUCUAUUGGAGUCGCCAACUAUACACCGCGCAGAUUACAUAUCGCCCAGUAUUCAUGCGUGAUAUGGCCUCCAACGGCCCUUAUUUCUCGAAACUCCUACUCAAUGCAAUUUUGUUCACAGUUUCAAAGCAUUGCCCGCGGCCUGAGAUACGCUCUGACCCCGAUGACAUUACUACUGCAGGGUGGAGGUUUCGUCAACGCUUCACUGAGCUUCUGCGAGAGUCUUUCGAUAAGAGCGAGAUCACCACACUACAAGCAUUGAUCAUUAUGUCCAACUCGCUCUUCUCAAGAUGUGACGAACGCAGUCUAUCUUGGCUCUAUGCUGGAAAUGCAUUCAAUAUGAUCAUUGACCUUGGUCUGCAUGUUCUUCCCUCGCCAAAUAAGAUGUCUGCAGAAGAACUUGAAGUUCGGAAGCGCGUCCUAUGGGGUGCUUACACAAUCGACAAGAUCCAGUGUCUCCUCCAAGGAAGGCCACCAUUGCUUCGCCAAUUAAACUUCAAAGCAUCCCUCAAUUUCUUGGACGAGUACGAUGAGCUCGACACAUUCAAAGAUCUCACCUACAGUACAUAUGAACAGCAGUCCGUGAUACCUUCUCUCAACGUGUCACUCUUGACAAAAUUAUGCGAGUUAUCCAUAAUUUCCGAGCGCAUUCUGUGCGAACUCUACUCUGAAUCGCAAAACAUGAGCCAAAGGCAAAGCCAGAAGAUCUCAGCCGAUAUAAGCUCCGAUCUCAGUAAAUGGCGAUCGAGUCUUCCUCGCCAACUCGACUAUAUCUCCUAUCCAAGGGAAUCGGUUCUUUUGCCUCAAGCCUUCUGCCUCUUGGCGCUGUCAAACGUCCUCAUCAUCCUCUCUCAACGACCGUUAUUCACAGGUAGUAAUCAUGGUCACGCUCGAAACCCAGCCACUGCAUAUGAAGCUGUCAGUAUGUGCACCGCGGCAGCAAAUCAAAUCGUCCAAAUCUUGCGCGACUACUCUGCGCACUUCUCUAUCACUUCAGCCCCAUACAUGCUUUCUUACGCAACAUACAUCAGCGCCACCAUCCACGUCCGUAUAGUUGCACAAAAGGGACGAAGUUCAAAUUCCUUCCAGUGCCUCCUACUUUGUCGCAAUGUCCUACGACAACACUUGCGGCUCUAUGCAGCAGCGGGAAAAGCCAUGGCCAACCUUGAUAAGCUCGUGGCUCAUCUCGGUAUUGUUAUUACUGAAGGAGAUGAGCUGGGCACUUCAGUGCUCAAUCCUGCAGAUGAUUUACCUGCACAGGAAAAUGUUUCUGCUCCUAACAUUUCAAAUGCCUCCGACCAGACGAUCGAUAUCGGAUCUCCACAAUUGAACUGGGGACUAUCAGAUCUUGACCUUGAGGCAAUCGCUCAAAGCUUCCGGCUUGAUGGAGAACUUCAAUAUCUAAUGCACCCUGUUGGGAUCUGA